AUGGAUCCUAUGGAUUUCGUGCUAUCAAGCAACCACCACCACCGGGCUUCCGGCCAUUAUGACCCUGUGCAUUCUGCCUCAAACCAUUGGGCACCACAUUCUCAGACACAGAACUCACCUGCGUAUCCAUGGCACGCCCAAAACCCAAGCUUACCUCACCUCUACUCACAUCACUAUGCCAUGCCGCCACACAGCUCUGUUCCAGAUCCGUAUGGGCAUCAUGCAGCUAUGUUACCACCAAUGUUAGGCAUGCCGUCUCCGGGCCCGUUUGCAGGUAGCAUGCCUGGGCCAGCAUCGCCACGGCCAAAUGGCCGUGCUCAUGCUUAUCGCAACAGUAUGCCGGUUGCCGUUGCUCCAAUACCUUCUGGCACUGGUAGCUACAGUCACGAUGCAGCGUUCGCAAACCAAAUUCCUGCCAACAGACCUUCAGAUUUUCAGCCACAGGGACUCGGUCUAGGCAUGCCUCCCCUCGGAGCCGGCCACCAGGAAGUUAAUUCACUACACCGUUCGGCAUAUGUCCAUGGCGACUCAAGCGCCAAUGGUAUGAAUCAUAGCAACACUGGUUACUUUCCACAGUUUCUCCCAGCCCCGCUACCCCCUCAAACUUUCAUCCCGACAUCGACAAGAAGAAGCCACUUCACUGCUGCAUCGUCAUCAUCCAGGUCAUUCGGUAAUCUUCCCUCUCCUAACAGACCUCCUCCUUCGUCAUCUGGAUUUCGUCGAUCUCACCCCAGACAACGCAGGCGCAUAAUGUCGACAGAGUCCGGACACGACGACAAUGAGGAUGACGGGUAUCAUGGCCAUCAUGAGCAUGUUCUCCACAGUCCGAAUGGUUCCGAGUCAUCACCAGAGGUGGAGGAGGCCUUAAUCCGACAGAUGCAAUUUGUCAGAGGCUCUUUGACGACCAAGAUGGUGGCUUCCCAGCUAACGCUCCAGUCACUCAUGAGCGUCAAGCUUGAGGACUUAGCUGAGACAGACCGAAGUAAGAACUUCCUCCCCAUCGAAACUGAUUGA